GUGCGCUGGUCAAUAACAAUAAUAAAACAUACAUCAUUAAUUGUGUGCAAAGGAAAAUUUGACAUCGGAAAAAACAAGAAUAAAACAAACGUGUCCGUUUAACAAGGUUUACAAGAUGAGUCAAACGGACAGAGAACUGUCUCUUAAGAUUUACCCGCAUUUAUGUAAUAUAUUUGGGACUGAGGAAGUUGUGAACACAAGAAGAAAGCUAUUGUGUGCAUAUGACAGUGUUCUACGAAUUCUAAACUUCACAGUUAUAAGCAGUGGGAGUAAAGCAGAAGGUUUAGACCUUAACGGAAGUGAUUAUGAUCAAAUGUUUAUUCAUCAUCUUUUCCAGGUUUAUGAAAAUAAGGAAAACGUGUCAUCCUCCGCAAAAAAUACACCUAUAGUAAUGGACAUCAGUGACACAAACCCAGGAUUUACGAAGCUAAAGCUGUAUGAGCAACGACACAUGUAUCAUAUAAACCAGUGGAGAGAGACUGUUAAUGGAGAAACAUACAUUUCAAGUAAAUUAUUUCGGGAGCACGGUUUGCGAAGUAGUAUGAUAAUUCAUGGACCAUGUCAAUCUUUCCCGGGUGAUAUUUAUGAUUUGGCAUUUUGUUUGAGGUGUAAGGGAUGGGUAACACCUGCUCAUCAAUGGGUUUUCAGAUCCAGAUCAACCUGGCCAGAUCAUGGGUUGGUUAUGUCUGUUAUAAAGGAAGGCGUUUUAUUUGUGCCUAUUGGUUGUAAAGGAUCAUUGGAUGAAGAUUUAGAAUGGCGAAUAUCAUUUUCUAUGGCAGAGAAGCAACUUAUUUUUUCAUUUUCUCAUACUCAGUUAUUAUGUUACGCCUUACUGAAGAUAAUUUUGAAAGACAUCAUAAAGGGAAAACAUGGUGAUCUGAUUUGUUCUUAUUUUCUUAAAACUAUAUUAUUCUGGGUAUUUGAAGAAUCAAGACCUUCUGAUUGGCAUCCUGGUAAUAUAAUUCCUUGUUUUAUCAACUGUCUGAAACGGCUGAUUUACUGUGUUCAAUAUAAAACCUGUCCUCAUUAUUUUAUUCCAGAAAACAACUUUUUCGAAAGCAGAUUUACUAAUUAUCAACAUAAAUGUUUACUUAAUACAUUACAUGAUAUAUACAAUUCAUUAUGGCCCUACAUUUUCCAUACGGAUACAUUUCAAGGGUUCAUUAAAGAGCAAAUAAAUUCGUCAUUCCCUUAUUUGACAGCAUCUUCAAUUUCAUGCUUAUCAAUGACAUCAUUUUGGUUUCUUUUUUUGAGAUCUACAAGCAUCACUUCUAUUAUCAAUAUAAACGAUAAAGAACUAUCUACACACAUGAUGUCUCUGUUUGCCAUCAAUUUGAUGCAAUCAUCAGUUGAACUCAACUUUGAAUCAAGUAACAAUUUAGUGUACUAUCAAUACCAGAUACAAUUAAAAUGCUUUAAGGCAGGGUUAUAUUUCGAUGCUAUUUCCACUUGGUCAUUGCUUGCAUCGUUAUUUUAUAAACAAAAGAGAUUUCACGAAUGUAAAGAUAUUAUUAACUAUACUUUGUCAAAAUUUACUCCCGAUAAAAUUGUGUUACCUUGUAAUAGUUUGCCGGAACAGACUUAUUUCCAGAAAGUCAAAGAAGCAGUCGGAAUGUUGUUAACAUGCAAACAUUUAAUCAUUGGUAUGUUGCUGUUUAAAAAACCUUAUUAUUUAUUGCCAGUAGAAUUGUUCCCAUUAAUUCAACAUAGAUUGGCAAAGUACGCAUUCAGAAUCCCUGCUGUGGUGUAUUUAAAUAUGUUAUCGUUUUUGUGUGUAUAUCAUAUUGGAGAUAACAGAGGCAAACUAAAUGCACUGAGGGAUCUAGAACUUACUAUUCGAGAAAGAUACUUUAUUUUACCUUGCGACAAGGAAAUGGUAAUUCAGUGUUUCCAAAUUGUUAAAAGUAUGAUGUAA